AUGGAUGAUGCCAAAACUGAAAUAUAUCUAGAAGAUCUGCAGCAUUUAGUAGAUGAUGCAAAAAGAAUGAUGAAUGACCCUAGCAUGAAACAACAAAUCAUGGAGAUGAAUCUCAAGCUGAGAGAAGAUCUCACAAAAGCAUUUGAAUGCUAUAUUUAGCUUCUGACCAAAUGUGAUAAGCUUUAAAGAGAUAAAAUCUAAUUAAAUUAUGAGAUAGCGAAGAUGAAGGAAACUGGCUAAAGUAAAAUAGAUUCUUUGGAAAAGAGGAUAAAACUCUUAGAACGAACCAUUGAGGAAAGAGAUAGAUCUCAUUAAUCAAUUAUUGAGACUUACGAGGCUAGAAUUGCAAAGUUUAGAGCAGAUCUUGAGCAUGAAAAGAAUGAGAAAUUAAUCAUUUUGAGAGAUUUCAAUUCUUUAAAGACCAAGUACUAUGAGGAGAUAAAGAGUUCACCUGAGAGUCAAUUUCAAGAUAUUUUGAAAGAUAAGUCUUUGCUGCUAAUUAAACUUGAUAAAAUGGGGGCUGAGCUAGAUAGUUACAAGCUCAGACUAAUUGAAAAUGAGAUUAAGGCUAAGAGAGAAACGCUCGAACGAAUGGAAAUAUCGAAUGCUAGAAGAAUCAAAACUAAGUAUAGAAGGAUGAAAUUUAUAGGUGAGCCAAAAAGCUUUUAAGAAAUCUUAAAUCUAAUGUCAAGUUUGGAGGGUUAUCCAUUAAAAUCUAAAGAAAGAUUAGCAGCUCUGGAAGAAUUCUGUAUCUAUGCAAACUCAAAUGAAGAGAACUUAGAGAAACUUCGAACAUUGAAUGGUGCAAGACACGCUGCAAAGUCAUUAGCUUCAACAGAUGCUUCAAUUGUUGUAAGGGCACUUGUAUUCGGUGCUAUGCUAACUAAAUCCAACCCUAAAGUGUGCGAGACGUUCAUUGAACAAGGAGCAAUUAAUUAUAUUAUUGAGUAUCUGAACUCAUCCAACGAAAACUUCAGAGUAGAAUCACUUUAUGUGCUUUAAUAGAUAAGUGAGUUCUAAGUAUCAUAACAGAUCUUUAGUAAAUUUAAUGUGCUAUCAAGAGUGAUCAUUUUGCUUGAAGAGGGUCUAUAGAUGAAGAGUGACGUGGGUUUUGAACAAGCUGUCAGUUCAAUCAAGAUCAUCAAAAAUUUCGUAUUUAUCAGUCCACCUGAAAAAUCAACCUAGGAGUUACAUAAUCAGGGAGGGAUUCAAAGUCUUUGCAAAUGCUUCUUUUCUCAGGAAAAAAUAAUAAGAAAAACUGCUAUAGAAAUACUUGCUUAGCUCAAACUUACUGAUGAGGCAACCAUAGAGAUAGCCAACUUAGGAAUGAUUAGUCUUACUUUGAAAUUGAUGCAACAGCAAGAUUACUCUACAUAAUUAAAUGCAACAAAACUCUUUAGGAAUAUCACUUAGAGACAUACUGUGCUAAUAGAUAUCAUUCAAAAUGAAAGUUUAUCCAAUCUAGUAGAUGGAGUAAAAUAGCAAAGCACAAAGGAUGUUAAGUUGAUUUAUCUGGAAUCCAUCUACAAUUUAUCCUUAAUUAAUGAAUGUAUUCCAGAGUUAUGCAGGCAUGGCUUGAUUAAUAAUCUUUCAAACUUCUUCUCACUGGCUGGUGACAAAGAUAUAGUCAGGAUAAGUGCCUAGGUAAUGGAUCAGAUUUGCAGAAAUGGAAUUUUGAUAGAUCUCGUUUACAAAGUAAUCAGAUUUAACGACUUAGUGGCAAGUAUGAAUUUAUACAAAGAUCUCUAGACUUCAUAAUACUGCUUUCAUAUUGCAAAGACAUUUUCUAAGUAUUAAAGAAUGUCGACUGAACUUAUGAAACGCAAAAAGGAUAUCAUUGACUAUAUUAUGGACUGUCUGAGAGAUUAGGAGCUCCCUGUAACAGAGAAGCGUUAUUCUCUAUAGUUAGUGCCAUUUCUAGCUGUUGAUCCAGAAGCACUUGAAUUGUUUAAUAGAGCUAGACUUGAAGACUGUCUGAUUGAUCUGUUGAAAGAUCCAAAGAGUAAUGAUAAAAUUAUCAGAUAGGUCUUGAAAUCUUUGAUAAUGAUGCAUGCAUCAACGAUAUCAAUGGAUUAAGACAGUCAAAUAGGGAAGAUAUUCAUUGAUAAAGAUGGGCUAAAACUCUUGCUGAAUCUUUUAGAUGCACGCAUUGCAGAUGAUAAUAUCAACUGGAAAAUAAUGUAAAGCUUGGUAUAAGCAUUAUUUGUUCUGUGUUUCAAAGAAAAAAAUCUAAAAAAUUUAAAGUCUGAAAAUAUACUAAGAAGACUUGUUGAUCUAUUGGUCAAAGCAAUGGAAUAAAAGAUGUUUGAAGUGCUCAUCUCUAUUUUGAAACUUUUCACAUUCUUUACAGACGACUAGACUACUUGGAGUCAGAUAAUAUGUAGAGAAGUCGUAAGAGGAUGUCUACUUUCACUGUAAACUAAAGAAAAAAUUGAUAAGAAAUUUAUCAUUGCACUUAUCUAUGAAAUCCCUUGGCCUGAAGGUAUAGGAAGGCUAAUUAAUACUUCAUUUACUGAUGAACCCGUUGCAGUUUCUUUGAUACUGGGGAAUUUCAACAGGACUGCGAAAUAAGAGAAAAACGAUUGGUUUGAUAUAUAGAUCCCAGCACAUAUGAAGCGAGCAAGUCAAGGCAAUUUUGGAAUUAGACAAGAUGACUUGCCUCCAACUCCUGGACCAUUAAGACCAGGAACUCUAUAAAAGGUAGUGCAAUAAAAUCUAGCGAAUUUGGGAUUAGAUAGAAACAGACAGAAGCUAGAUUUUAUAGAAAGACCUUAGUCAUAGGUAACUAUGAGAUCUGGAAAUACAUUAAAUAAGCCAUUUGGUGGUCCAACUGCAUAUUCAGGUGGGAUUAUUGGAAAUUACGAUCCAAUCAGCAAAGAUGUAGUCCCAUUGAUGAAUAAGAAUGAAAGAGAAAAGAAUAUCCAGAUAGGUCUGACAGCCCAUAAUCUACAACUAUUGAAUCAACCUAAGCCUGUUGCUGAGUAAGGAAAGACCAGAUAAAAUUUUGUUUAAAAUUUCCUCAGCCAAAUGGAAAAUACAGUAAUCAUUAUCAUCAUAAAUUUCAAUAUCUUAUAGGAUCGGCAAAAAGCUCAAAAUAGAAUGAGAGCAGUUAGCAAUAUGAGGGGAGCAGGUCUGAAUAAUAUUGAUGCAAAUUUGGAUUUAGUACCAUUUGACAGUGUUAGUAAUCCAAAUCGAUCUGUCAGACAUGAAUCCGUGGGAAGACCUGCGAUAUUAAACAAGAAAUUACUCAAUGGUGGUGGUCUUAGACCUGAAAUGGAUUCAUUCUAUCAAGAUCUCACUGGGUAGAUAAUAGAUUAAGUUGUGAAAUAACAAGGAGCUAAGAGACCUAUCCACUUUGAAAAUAUACAGUAUAAGUUUGAGUUUAGAACUAUUAGAAUCUAAUUUAAGUGUAUAAAUAAUUAUAAUCAAAGUCACUACUACAAGAAGUAAAGCUAUUAUCAUCACCAGAGAAAGAACAGUUUUUAGAGACAUUCAAGCUCAAGAAACAAAGAUUCAAGGAGGUAACUCGUACCCUUGGCGAGUAAACCGUACAGAGAGGAGUUUCUAGAAGUUUAAGUUUUAGCCUCCUCACAACCAGUCCUUUAUAGAAAAGAAAAUUUAAAAAGAGAACCAUAAUUUAAGGCCUCUGAUUAAUACUUAUCAACUUCUUUAGCCAACAAUCAUCCUCAAAGGCUUGGGGAUAAAGACAUGUAAGAGGACUUAGUGGAAUAAGGAUACAAGGAUCAACAUUUUCGACCUGUUAGUCAAUGCGAAGAUAAGAGUAACAGAGUAGCAAUGCCAAUUAAGACCUACGAAGAAAUGUCCUGGAAUGAUGACCAGCAAUUCUCAGUCAAUCUACAAGAUAGAUUCUGCUAUGAAUCUAAAGAUUCUUUAAGAGAUUUGCAGUUCAGAGAUCGAGCUAAAUUAAUGCCAAAUAGUAUCCAAAAUAAGUUAAUCAGAGAUGCUAAGACUAAAGCACCCUCGAGGUUCAUAUUUGCUACUUACUGCCCAGGAUCACCAGAGAACACCAGCCAAUUCCUAAUGAAGGACUAUAACGAGAGAGCAUAUGCAUAUCAAAAGCAGUACUGCAAUAUAAUGCAUGAGAAUUUGAUUGAUGAUUUAGGAGAAGAAUACUAUAGCAGCACUACCGGAGCACUCAACAAAAUGGGAGUAAGAGGUGGAAUGACAAGUGCAUUGAGAUAAAGAUAGAAUACAAUGCUCCUCUCUAUCAAAUGCAGCCUUAUCAACUUGUUCUGCAAACUAUUCAUUAAAAUCUAAUAUAGGUAUGUGAACUUCGAUAUGUUUGAUGAUUUUUCAUUGUCUGACAAUGAUUUCAAAGAGCCUUCUUGCUCGUAUUCAUCAAGCGGUAACUAAGAUGAGAGUGGUUGCUUAGCUCUCUAGGUGAUUAAAAAUCCUAUUGAGUUGUAACCUACUCUCUAAUUUAAAAAGCAAUAAUCUUAUUAGUUACCUUCUUCACUUUUUGAUGCAGAUUCUAUUCCAAUUUCACUUCAAAUAGGUAACAACCGAACUGAUGACUCAUUUGAGGCUGAGGAACAACUUAAUCAAAAAGUUUAUUUUGAAGACUACCAACUUUCAUAGUAAUUAGAAUCAGGAAGACUUAUGUUAGAUGAAUUGUAAAAUGAACUAAUCUUGAAAAAACUCAUAAUUCAGUAAAUAGAAAAAGCACAAGAAAAUCAUGGUCAGAUACAGCAUCACUGUCAAGCUGAGCCAGAAGUGGAAGUACAGAGUCAAUUGAGCAAGAAGAACUAGCUACUGAUUAGUGAAUAGAUUUGA